AUGGAGUCUCCCUUAGCCACCCAGGCUGGAGUGCAGUGGCGCAGUCUCGGCUCACUGCAACCACCGUCUCCCGGGUUCCAGCAAUUCUCCUGUCUCAACCUCCUGAGUAGCUGGAAUUACAGGCACUCACCAUCAUGCCUGACUAAUUUUUGUAUUUUGGUAGAGAUGGGUUUUCACCAUGUUGGCCAGGCUGGUCUUCAGCUCCUGAUCCCAGUUCUUUGGAGUGACUUUCAAGAUGGACUCUACUCUAACAGCAAGUGAAAUCCGGCAGCGAUUUAUAGAUUUCUUCAAGAGGAACGAGCAUACCUACAUUCACUCGUCUGCCACCAUCCCAUUGGAUGACCCCACUUUGCUGUUUGCCAAUGCGGGCAUGAACCAGUUUAAACCCAUCUUCCUGAACACAAUUGACCCAUCUCACCCCAUGGCAAAGCUGAGCAGAGCCGCCAAUACCCAGAAAUGCAUCCGGGCUGGGGGCAAACACAAUGACCUGGACGAUGUGGGCAAGGAUGUCUAUCAUCACACCUUCUUCGAGAUGUUGGGCUCUUGGUCUUUUGGAGAUUACUUUAAGGAAUUGGCAUGUAAGAUGGCUCUGGAACUCCUCACUCAAGAGUUUGGCAUUCCCAUUGGAAGACUUUAUGUUACUUACUUUGGCGGGGAUGAAGCAGCUGGCUUAGAACCAGAUCUGGAAUGCAAACAGAUCUGGCAAAAUUUGGGGCUGGAUGACACCAAAAUCCUCCCAGGCAACAUGAAGGAUAACUUCUGGGAGAUGGGUGACACAGGCCCCUGCGGUCCUUGCAGUGAGAUACACUACGACCGGAUUGGUGGUCGGGAUGCCGCACACCUUGUCAACCAGGACGACCCUAAUGUGCUGGAGAUCUGGAACCUUGUGUUCAUCCAGUAUAACAGGGAAGCUGAUGGCAUUCUGAAACCUCUUCCCAAGAAAAGCAUUGACACAGGGAUGGGCCUGGAGCGACUGGUAUCUGUGCUGCAGAAUAAGAUGUCCAACUAUGACACUGACCUUUUUGUCCCUUACUUUGAAGCCAUUCAGAAGGGCACAGGUGCCCGACCGUACACUGGGAAGGUUGGUGCUGAGGAUGCUGAUGGGAUUGACAUGGCCUACCGGGUGCUGGCUGACCACGCUCGGACCAUCACUGUGGCACUGGCUGAUGGUGGCCGGCCUGACAACACAGGGCGCGGGUAUGUGUUGAGACGGAUUCUCCGCCGAGCUGUCCGGUACGCCCAUGAAAAGCUCAAUGCCAGCAGGGGCUUCUUUGCUACAUUAGUAGAUGUUGUUGUACAGUCCCUGGGAGAUGCAUUUCCUGAGCUGAAGAGGGACCCAGACAUGGUGAAGGACAUCAUUAAUGAAGAAGAGGUGCAGUUUCUCAAGACUCUCAGCAGAGGGCGUCGCAUCCUGGACAGGAAAAUUCAGAGCCUGGGAGACAGCAAGACCAUUCCCGGAGACACUGCUUGGCUCCUCUAUGACACCUAUGGGUUUCCAGUGGAUCUGACUGGACUGAUUGCUGAAGAGAAGGGCCUGGUGGUAGACAUGGAUGGCUUUGAAGAGGAGAGGAAACUGGCCCAGCUGAAAUCACAGGGCAAGGGAGCCGGUGGGGAAGAUCUCAUUAUGCUGGACAUUUACGCUAUCGAAGAGCUCCGGGCACGGGGUCUGGAGGUUACAGAUGAUUCCCCAAAGUACAAUUACCAUUUGGACUUCAGUGGUAGCUACGUAUUUGAGAACACAGUGGCUACAGUGAUGGCUCUGCGCAGGGAGAAGAUGUUCGUGGAAGAGGUGUCCACAGGCCAGGAGUGUGGAGUGGUGCUGGACAAGACCUGUUUCUAUGCUGAGCAAGGAGGGCAGAUCUAUGACGAAGGCUACCUGGUGAAGGUGGAUGACAGCAGCGAGGAUAAAACAGAGUUUACGGUGAAGAAUGCUCAGGUCCGAGGAGGGUAUGUGCUACACAUCGGAACGAUCUACGGUGACCUGAAAGUGGGAGAUCAGGUCCGGUUGUUUAUUGAUGAGCCCCGACGAAGACCCAUCAUGAGCAACCACACAGCUACGCACAUUCUGAACUUUGCCCUGCGCUCAGUGCUUGGGGAAGCUGACCAGAAAGGCUCACUGGUUGCUCCUGACCGCCUUAGAUUUGACUUCACUGCCAAGGGAGCCAUGUCCACCCAACAGAUCAAGAAGGCUGAAGAGAUUGCUAAUGAGAUGAUUGAGGCAGCCAAGCCCGUCUACACUCAGGAUUGCCCCCUGGCGGCAGCAAAAGCCAUCCAGGGCCUACGGGCUGUGUUUGAUGAGACUUAUCCUGACCCUGUGCGAGUCGUCUCCAUUGGAGUCCCGGUGUCUGAGCUGCUGGGUGACCCCUCUGGGCCUGCCGGCUCCCUGACUUCUGUUGAGUUUUGUGGGGGAACGCACCUGCGGAACUCAAGUCACGCAGGAGCUUUUGUGAUUGUGACGGAAGAAGCCAUCGCCAAGGGUAUCCGGAGGAUCGUGGCUGUCACGGGUGCCGAAGCCCAGAAGGCCCUCAGGAAAGCAGAGAGCUUGAAGAAAUCUCUCUCUGUCAUGGAAGCCAAAGUGAAGGCCCAGACUGCUCCAAACAAGGAUGUGCAGAGGGAGAUCGCUGACCUUGGAGAGGCCCUGGCCAGUGCAGUCAUCCCCCAGUGGCAGAAGGACGAAUUGCGGGAGACUCUCAAAUCCCUAAAGAAGGUCAUGGAUGACCUAGACCGAGCCAGCAAAGCCGAUGUCCAGAAACGAGUGUUAGAGAAGACAAAGCAGCUUAUCGACAGCAACCCCAACCAGCCCCUCGUCAUCCUGGAGAUGGAGAGCGGUGCCUCAGCCAAGGCCCUGAAUGAAGCCUUGAAGCUCUUCAAGACACACUCCCCUCAGACAUCUGCCAUGCUCUUCACGGUGGACAACGAGGCUGGCAAGAUCACUUGCCUGUGUCAAGUCCCUCAGAAUGCAGCCAAUCGGGGCUUAAAAGCCAGCGAGUGGGUACAGCAGGUGUCAGGCCUGAUGGACGGUAAAGGUGGGGGCAAGGAUGUGUCUGCACAGGCCACAGGCAAAAACAUUGGCUGCCUGCAGGAGGCGCUGCAGCUGGCCACUUCCUUCGCCCAGCUGCGCCUCGGGGAUGUAAAGAACUGAGCGGGGGAGGAGGUGGCUUCUACUGGCUCCAUCCGUCCAGCCGGGAGCUCUUCAUCUGCUACAAGAACAUUUGAAUCCUGGGACCUUUUGAGAGCCCCUCCUACCCCGGCUGUACCUGGAACACCCUCACGAGCAGUCCUGUGACUCAGCGCCCCUUAUACUUCUGCCCUGAGCCCUCCACGUCAGUGCCAUCUGUCGAGAACCACUACCCCCGCAUUGCUGUUGAUCACCACACUCGCAUCUGUAGAUAACAGCUUUCCAGCCUGAGCUUUCCGCGUCAGCAAGGACGAAUCGUUUUUUGCUGCAGAGAAUAAAAGGACCACGUGCAAUACUUAAUGCUAUAUGAUCUCUAUCCCUCUUCCCAGGUGGAGCUCGCUGUUUUGACAGCCCUUGGCCCCUGCUGUCUGUAGAAUAAAUGCUGUGGCUUAUACUG